AUGAAGGGCAACCAUAGCACAGAGCAGCGCUUCCUCCUGCUGGGUUUCUCCGACUGGCCCUCGCUGCAGCAGAUCCUCUUCGUCCUCAUCCUCCUCUGCUACCUCCUGACUCUGGCGGGCAAUUCGGCGCUGGUGCUGCUGGCCGUGCGCGACCCGCGCCUGCAUACGCCCAUGUACUACUUCCUCUGUCACCUGGCCCUAGUGGACGCAGGCUUCACGACAAGCGUGGUGCCGCCGCUGCUGGUCAACUUGCAAGGUCCACCACUCUGGCUGCCGCGCGGCGGCUGCAUCGCCCAGCUGUACGCCUCGCUGGCUCUGGGUUCAACAGAAUGCGUGCUCCUGGCCGUGAUGGCGCUGGACCGCGCGGCCGCCGUGUGCCACCCGUUACGAUACCCCGCACUCGCUUCCCCGCGCCUCUGCAGUGCGCUGGCAGGCGCCUCGUGGCUGGGAGGCCUCACCAACUCUGCCGCGCAGACGGCUCUCCUGGCUGCUCGGCCGCUAUGCGCGCCCCACCGGCUGGAUCACUUCAUCUGCGAGCUGCCUGCGCUGCUCCAGUUGGCAUGCGGAGGCGCCAGAGAAAACGUGGAGCGCCAGAUGUUUGCCGCCCGCGUGGUCAUCCUGCUGGUGCCGUCCAGCGUCAUCCUGGCCUCAUAUGGAGCGGUGGGCCGCGCCGUAUGGGGUAUGCGCUCCGGAGGAGGCUGGCGAAAGGCCGCGGGCACCUGCGGCUCCCACCUGACCGCCGUCUGCCUAUUUUAUGGUUCCGCCAUCUACACCUACCUGCAGCCCACGCACAGCUACAACCAGGGGCGGGGCAAGUUCGUUUCUCUCUUCUACACGGUGGUCACGCCCGCCCUUAAUCCACUUAUCUACACACUCAGAAAUAAGGAGGUGAAGGGGGCCGCGAGGAGGCUCCUGGGGAGCCUGGGGAGAGAGCGCACCCGACAGUGAGAGGGUUGGGAGCCUGGAAGAAUUCUGCAGGGCACAAGGAAAGAAACGCCCAUUGGCUAGUCUGUCCACUCGGCCCCCUGUGCGCUUUGAUUAUUUACUCAAUAGGAAUAUAAAAUUUGUCUUCAGGGAGUCCAAGAUUGUUGGAGGAGAUGAUUUCCCCGCAGCAGAUAAUGUUUGGAUUCUUGAGAGACAAUCCCAUGUUUACUGGUUUAAGCAGGGAGAAACAGCCCCCGAACUUUUCUCUAAGCUCAUCAGGAAAGGCAAUAUGACUUGAGGAACAGGUUCCUUGUCCUCAGACUGGUCAACAGCGACCACCUUUCAGGAAGUCCAUUCCUUUGGGAGGAACAUCCACCCACAAGGGGCUCAUUAGAGACAUCAGAUCUCUAGGUCCCUAUGAAAGAUACCUUUCCAUGGCCACCACCAUUCAGCGAAAGAACAGUUGGAGCUAAAUGUGUGACACAGAGGGUAAGAGUGGACAUGAUCCCAGAUUUCAUUUUAUACCAACAGCUGGUAACAGGGGGAAAAAGGCAAAAGGCAGUCAUUUAAUUGAAUUUCUGAAUACUUUAUUAAUCAGAUUAGUAUCAGUAAUUAAUUCGUUUCAUAAUGUUAUUCUCUAUAAAGACAAAUUCAAUUUGGGUGACAUUAUGAAUGAAGCAAUGGGUUUAAUAUAGAAACACAGAAAUGAAUAGAACAUGAAACCCAACUUAAAAUUUGCGAUCUGGUUACAAAGGGAAAGAAAUAGGCAUUUUUCUAUAAAUCAGAAUGGAUCAAAUUUUCAAGCUAACUGUUGAAUGCUAUUUCUAGGUUGCGUUAAAAAUGUAUUUCCUAUCCUCAGUAAUAUGUUAGAAAUGAUUCGGGCACUUUGUCAGCUAUGUCAGACCGAAGAGUUACAGGGUUGGAAAUGACACUUUAUCCUACCCACUUAACCCCAAAUCUUACUCUAUUUCAUUAUCAUUCAUUUUGGGAAGUCG